AUGAUGCGGCACCCACCACUGCUAGUAGUGCAGCAAAACCGGGACUCAUUGCGGCUGUACAUGCUGCUGUGUUUAAUGGCGGCGUCCCGAGUGGCGCAAGUUGUUGCAGCGGUCUCCGUCGACGGUGGUGCACAAGGCGCGAUGGAGCCGCCCCGCCCACCGCCCUCCACGUCGCAUUGGUCGCUGCCCAGUUUCCCGUCGCCACCAAGGCCUCCCGGGACAUCAAUACACAACAUUGCCAUUGGAAGGAAUGCAUACGCAUCAUCCGAGCUGUCGAUUGAUUACACAGCCGCCAAUGCCGUCGACGGAAUUGUCCCACCCAUUGGUGGUAACAGCAGCACGUUCAUCAGCGCCAACGCGACAGGGCAGUGGCUAUGUAUCGAUUUCGGAGUAUUGGUAACCAUUUCGAGUAUAAUCCUCUACAUUAGAAGGGACUGCUGCGGCAGUGAACUGGCAAACGCUGAGAUUAGGUUUGGAGGCGCCCCCGUGUACCCGUGGGAUUCAUCUAACAUGGAAGAGAACUACCUACUAGAUAACAUGCCAGCCGGCGCGGCCAGCACGACAGGCGGCAUUAUACCUUUCCUUGCCGACCCACCUAGGACUGGCCGCUAUCUUACAGUACAGAACAAAAAUGUCAACACGAUGAUGUCAUCUGCUGUGCAUCUGGCAGUGGCGGAGCUGCAAGUGUACGGCACAAUCGCAGGUGACUCCGCAACUCUCUCGGCAUCCGACGGUGGCGGCGGCGGCACUGCUGCUGGCUACAAGCCCCCAUUGCCACGUACCAUUGAGCUAUCAGCGAACGGCAAGCACACAUGGCCCCGCUUUGUUGGCCUAGCAGCGGGGCUGGGGGCGGCAUUGCUUGGUGUAAUAGCGUGCACAGCUGCGCGAUCCCUCCCAGGAGGCAGAGGGACCGUCGGCACCACCCGGAAGCAGCCGGAAGUGGCCAGCUGGGUCCAGGAGCCCCCACCGGCUGUGAACAGGCCCCCUGGGGACGUAAUCAUCGCCCUGGCGGCCCUGUCUGCCAAGGAGUGGUGGAUUUCUGGUCUGGGCGCGCUUGGGCGAUCGUUUACCGCGCUGGUUAUCCUAGGGCGGGUCUGGGACGGAGUGGGACCCAACCACCCGAUCCUGUAG